GUAACAACAGCUUGUAACAAUCAACAAGGCAACAAUAAUGUUAGAGUAUUUUUGGUCUUGAAUUGGUUUAAUUACAAUUUGAUUCUUAUUUUUCAUCUGUUAAAUACUGUUGUUGAUAUUUUUGCCUUUACCUGUAUCAGAGUUGUCAUCCUUUACUCUGUCUUUAUUUGUCAUCACUUGUCUCUUCACAAACUCUCAUCUGAUCAGAGAUCACAUUUUGCUGAUGUAAGGCUUCAUUGGAGAAACUAAAUAACAUUUUAAAUCAUUUUAUAAUCUGCUAUUUUGUUAACCAUUAUCUUCACCAUCAUUACCACCAUCAAGUUUGUCAACAUUAACAGCUAAAUCAUCGUUUUUCCCUGGAUAUUCACAUAUUCAUCACUUUGAUGGAACAGGCAACUUGCGAUUCUUUUUGUGCAUAUAAUUAAGCUUCUAUUUACUUUAUACAUUUCUUUUUAAUAGCUGUUAAAUUGUCAUUCCAUCAUAUUGAUUUAUUGCUGGUUAAGCUGCUAUUAGACAGUCAUGGUGGUAGACUUUUUUUGGACUUUGAUUUCGGAUCAAUUUAGAUCUCACAUUUCCAUCUUUACACGAGCUGAUUCAACUGGAAACAAAAUCUGAGUCUUUUCAUAUUGAAAUUUGAAGCAUGGAUGGUUUCCCUCGUUUUUUUCUUCUGCUCUGCACACAUGAUCUCUACAAACAUAGAGUUAUUAAACUGUGUAUAUUAAAAGAGUCAAUCUUUUAAAAUUGUUAUGGUUUGCUCUUUUAUUGGACACCUACUGGUUGAAUGAUUAUACUAAUUAAUUAAUUCUUAUACAAUAUCUCUCGAUGGUGUAGUGCUAAUUUUUAAUUGGUUUGACAUUAAUUAACAUUUGUCCGAGCUGUGAGAUCUCUUUGUUGCUCCGUUAAUCCAUGUGUAACAGCAGUCUGUCAGCAAUUAGCAUUGUCUUUACCGUUUUGUUCAGUUUUACUUGUUGAGUUUUAUCCGGGUUCCAUCAAUUGUUUUCAAACUCUGUUUUCUUGGUUGGAACAAAAGGCAUGGAAGAAGAAACAAUAAACUCAUCUCUCCUCGGAACUAAAGGCUACUGGGAAAAUUUGUACCAGGGAGAACUGGAUAACUAUCUUGAUCAUCAGGAUCCUGGUGAAAUCUGGUUCGGUAAAGGAUUGGUUACUAAAAUGGUUAAAUGGGUGAAACGUAAAUUGCCGGAUUGUGUUAAAUGUAAAAUAAUAGAUCUUGGUUGUGGUAAUGGUCAUUUACUGUAUUCGUUGUAUCAAGAGGGUUACACUGAUUUAACUGGAUUAGAUUAUGCUGAGAAAUCAAUUAAACUGGUCGAUCAGAUGGCAAAAGAUUUGUGUAUAGAUGGCUUAAUGACUUUGGCUGGUAAUGUGCUUACAUUGUAUAAAAAUAAUUUAAUCCCUGUUGAGAUCAAAUUUAAUCUCAUCAUUGACUAGGGAACUUUUGAUGCAAUCUGUCUUAAUCCUGAUCUAGAUUUAAAGCAGGUUACAAGUGGUUACCUUGCAACUUUAAAUUAUAUCCUUUCAGAUGAUGGAUUUUUCAUGAUUGCCUCAUGCAAUUGGACCAAAGAAGAGUUGAUUAACAUGUUCACUAGACCAUCAUCAUCAUCCCCAUUUCUGUCUCUUUUUGAUGCAAUCGAGACACCACAAUUUAGUUUUGGUCGGCGCAAAGGAAAUAAUGUUACCUGUUUAAUAUUUCAGAGAUUAAGUAAAUAGUGAUCAAAUUUUGAUCAGCUAGAUGAAUGAAUAAAAACUAAUCAAAAUCAAAACUGUAAUUGCAUAACUGCUAGUCCCAGGAUAAUUUCAUUUACCGCGCUCAAAAAAAUUAUCCUGUUUUAAAAUAAACACAUAAAUAAUGUA